CGCAGCGCGUGACUCCGGAAGUACAUCCGGGACACUGCUCAGCUUCACAUGUGUGUUGGUGCAGCUGUCAGCUGGAGAAGAGGAGCUGAGCUCAGGUUGGCUUGAAACGCGUCUCUCCGCAGAGAAAAUGGCUCUGGUGGGGAUUCAGCUCGUGGUCAGCCUGCUGGCUGCCAGCAUCAUGCAGAAGAUGGCUCCACACUGCUCCUUUGCACGUUGGCUCCUCUGCAACGGCAGUUUGUUCCGGUUCAAACACCCUUCGGAGGGAGAGCUGUGCGCGCUGGCCGGAAAGCAGAUGCCCAAACAGAACAAGAGAGACAGACGGCAGAAUGGAGAAAGCAAGCCUCUCACUGUGCCCAAAGACAUUGACCUUCACCUGGAAAAAGCUCCAGUUAACGUCAUUGAUGCUCUUGUGCUGCGCUUCUUCCUGGAAUAUCAGUGGCUGGUAGAUUUUGCCGUCUAUGCGAUGGGUGUCUUCGUGUUCACCGAGUGUUACUACAAUGUGGUGGAUGCCAGCAAAGAGGUCAAUGUUGGAGCUCUCUGGUGUGUCCUGACUGUUCUCUUCAGUGUAAAGACCCUUCACACUAUGAUGAGUCACUAUUUCCGCUCUGAAGAAGGCGGCGAGCGAUCCGUGUGCCUCGCCUUUGGUUUUCUGUCUCUGCUCGUGGCCAUGCUGGUGCUGGUGGUCAGAGAGGACUACCUGGAGUUCGGCCUGGAGUCGGGCUUUUCCAACCUCUUUGACAACUUGGAAGUCUUCGCCAAACAGCAGGGCUACGCUGACUGGUCAAUCCCAGUUACGAAGCUGACAGUGAAGCUGGGUCUCGCCGCUGUCUGUGCUUACAUCGGUGCUCUGCUGGCUUUCCCCGGACUGCGAAUGGCUCAGACUCAUCUUGACGCUGUACAGUUGAACUCCGGCCGACCAUUCAUCCAGAUUCUGCUGCAGAUAAGCUUCCUGUCUCCUGUCAUUGUGUUGGUUCUCUGGAUAAAACCCAUUGCAAGAGACUUCCUGGCCAACGCACCCAUGGGGAAGACCUCUAUCACAAUAGUUCCCAGUGAAUUGUUCGACAGCGUGCGUCUGUGGAUCAUCGUGGGGCUGUGUGUGCUGCGCUUAGCACUGACCCGCUACCACCUGCAGGCCUACCUCAACCUGGCUCAGAAGUGGGUGGAGCAGAUGAAGAAGGAAGCGGGGCGCAUCGCUGCCAUUGACAUUCAGAAGAAGGUUACACGUGUGUUUUGCUAUCUGACGGUCAUCACUCUCCAGUAUCUGGUUCCUAUUUUUCUCAUCCUGUUUUCCACACUGUCACUCAAGGCACUAGGGGACUUCUCUUGGGGACCGGGUGCAGAAGACACCCCCGGGGUCACACCGGCCCUGCUGAUACCCACAGCCGCACCUGUGCUCCCUGGCAGUCUUGAUGAAGAUGAAGAGGGGGUAGAGGACAUGGAUGAAGACGUCCAGGCCACAGUAGCUCACCUGAUGGCGUCCUUCACAGCGCUGCGGUCUGUCCUCACUCCACUUUUCUUCCGAGGCUUCUUCGCCUUCCUCACCUGGUGGGUGGCGGCCUGUCAGGUCAUCAGCUCCCUGUUUGGCAUCUACUUCCACCAGUACCUCAUGCAGAGCUAAGCAAGGAGGUCAGAGCGCCAUGCUGCUGUACCUGCAAUGCAACCAUAGCCCUCAGCUAUGGUUGCACUGUUGCAGUGUAUUGAUGCCUGGAGGUGGGACAUUUCUGUAAAACACAACUAGAGACCGAAUGCUCCAGGUUUUUUCAUGAAAGAAGAACUGAUCAAGGUUUGUUGAGGGAAAACAACGGUAGUAGGCACUGUCUGCUGCAAAUGACUUUCAAUGACCAGCAUAGUACUGGUAUCAAUAACACCAAUAUACAGACAGAACUGGAACCUGUAUCAGGAAGCAGGUUAACUUAGUCUGACUUUAUUUGGGGUUUCCUGGCUUUACUCUGUCUGAACAAUAGUGUCACGGAGCUGGAUAACAACUGGCUCACUACCCUGAGUUGACUGAUCCACCAUAAAGAUGUUCAUUCAAUUUACAGCUGUGGGAAAACCAGACUACUGCAGUAGAACUACAUAAUGCUCAGUGAAGUGAAAUAUAAACAACAAAAAUCUGAGAUAAUACUUGUGGCUGAUGUAGAAAACUAUCCAAAUAUUCCGAUGGACUCUAGAAAACCAGAGUCCUAUGGAAUCCCACCAGCAGGUGAUGUCUGGCAAGAUGUUGACAUUCUGACCCAUGAGCACUCAGCAGCCAUUACUAUAUUAUUACAUGAGUGCUUAGUACUUGACCUUCAUUUCAUUAUAAACUUAAUGCGUGUAAUGCUUUGUCCACACACACUAUUUUCUGAACCACACUAUAUACACACAAGACAAUACCAGCCGCGCCACAUUUUAGCUGCUGAUAUCUCCCAGUUUUCCCAGUGGCAGCAUAGGUUGUCAUGGGGAUCCAUUCCAGUUAAAAGAGAGCCUGUUUCAUGAUAUCAAGAAAUUCAGAGUUAAAGUAAUAGCUCACAGAAAAAUCCAAAUCAAUCAUUAUCUACUCACCACUUGGUCGAUGAAGGGUUUGAGUCCACAAACACUUUAGAGUGUAAGGGGUAAACUUAGUUGCAGCAGAAUCCAGUACAAUAGAAGUCAAUGGUGAGUCCUUGUGAGACGUAAUAAAAACAGAAAAUACAUAACGUGUUGCCUACUUACUGUUUGUGUGGUGUCAUCCAAGUGUCAGAAGCCCCGAUGUUCAUAUUCGACGAGGCCAUAAACCCCAUGUUUUUAGCAAAGAAGUCCACAGGAAGUGGCUAAGCUAGCGGCCAUAGCAACACGAUGAUGCGUCCGAGGGUCCGUGGUUACACUUCGUAGGAAGAUAUCGGCUAAAAGCACGUUACCUCGUUUCGGGUCUAAUCCAUUUUGGACACUGACACUGGCGGCAUGUGUUUUUUCUUUUUUAUUACGUCUGAAGAAAGACUCACCAUUGACUUUAAUUGUAUUGUAUCUGCUGCAACAAAGUUUACCCCUGAGACUGAGUGUUUUGUGGACUCAAACACUUCUCCCACACCUCCAUCAGAAUAGCAGUGAGUAGAUAAUGAGUGAAUUUCCCCUUUUUCGGUGAGCUAUCCAUUUAAGCCCUAAGACAGCCAACUAACCCUCUAAUCUUACUUUGUUAUCAUCUUCCAGUGUCUUCAAUAAAACAUUUUUCUGCAAUUUAUCAGACAUAUCCAGCCAGUGUUCCCCACAUUGCUCUUACGGGAACAUUAAAUGCUGCAUUUUAGAUAUUAAAUAAUACCAGGUUGAGUGUUAGUGUUUGUCUCAGUGUAGAAGAGACACUUUAUUUUUGUUUUAUCUUAAAGGGAUGCUUUGUCUCCUUUUUAAGGAACCGAUUCAAGAGUGCUAAAUGUUCUUUUCUUUAAAUUAUCUUUUUCUGCUUUUACUGUUUUAGUUGUGAUGAAGUAGUAAAUCUCAGAUCCAGCCUAUUGAAUUAAACACCGCUGAACAUGCAUCAGUGAAAACUGAACUUGAACGGUUGCUUUUCUAUAACAAGUCGUCUUUUGAUAAUCCUAAGUGCCUGGGAGUUGAGGGGUUUUGAGUCUUUUAAAAUCUCCUUCCUCCAUGUUGAUAUAUAUGAGAAUGAAUACAAUCCUUUGAUGGAUGAAAUUUAACACUCCAGACCCAUUUGUUUUACUUCUCAUUUUUUAAACAAUGUUCACUGGCAACAUUGGUAGUUGCAGUGACUUCUUAAGCUGCAUUUACUUUAAGCUUGUAUUGCCAAUCAGUCGUGUACAUGUAGCAUUCAAUCUAAGUUAGUUUUGCAUUAAUGUGUUGUAUUUAUUUAUUUAUGAUACAUUUAGUUCUGUUGUUUAGAAAAGAUACAGAUGUUUGAACUCUUUUGUUUGUGGCACGUUUUUGGUUGUGUGUUUUUGUUGUAGGUAGCAUUUUUGAAUUGAACGCUCUGAAAUCAUCAAACUGUGAAGGUGAAAGGAAAAAGUUGCUUCUUUUUUUAAAUAUAUUUCUGAAUGCAUGGUGUGCAAACGUUUGGCUGUAACCUGAACAAUUUAAGUUGUUUGUAUGGCUUAAUAAAAAAACAUGGUGACGUCGG